CUUGUUCAGCUCUAGUACAAAGCGGCGCCAUCUGUCCAAAACUUUUUUAUUAUUUUUUAUUUUUAUAAAAACUAAUUUCUGGAUUAACUGGAACAAUGGAACGCUAUUACAAAGAAUUACAUAAAAAGCAACCUUUUCGAAGUUUCAGGGGUAAAAAUAUAGAUAAGCAGAAGGUGGCGCGUACCAUGCAACGCCAAGACAACUUUCAGAGCAACCGCAUAAAUGGUGUUUGUCCCACUCUCUUCGAGAACGAGACCACUAAACCGAACGUCGUUACUCCGCAGGCGAAUAAAUCGACACCCAAGGAGCUCUUCUUAAAGCGCUUUUUAAAAUUUAGGGCAUCCAAAAAGGAUCAAACAAUAGAAAAACAAACUUCUCGUCGUGGUCAUCAGGUGCACUCGGUGCCUUCACAGGUUUCUAAAUUUGCUUAUAGCAGCGAAAUAUUCACACCGCCACCGAACAUCCAGAAAGAGAAUGCUCCGGUCUUCGGGCCUCCAAAAAAUCAAUCAUUCGGGCUUGUCAAUAAACCCCAGCCUCAGUCUCAGCCGCAAGCUGUGAAAUGUGGAGGAACAACAGGGAAGACUUUCAUAAGUAAAGUAACCGAAAUAUCAAAAACUAAGUUGCAGGCUGCCGCUGUUGAACCCCACGUCACAAGUUCUCAAAAGAGGGCACUAGCCAAACCCAUUAGAGGAAAUGGAGGAGCUGCGGGCAAGUUAAAGAAAACCCAAGAGCAGACGAAAGGGACUGCUAUCAAACACAGGCCUGACACUCCGAUUUCAAUUAGAAUGAAGGCUAAGAACAUCAUCACCAGGGGAAACCUGCAGAGACACGUGCGCAAUCUGCCCAAACUCAGAGUUGAGUUGAUUCAGGUGGUGUGCAUGGAGCUGUCACCCAAUACGCCGUUCAGUGGAACCAGGACAAGGGCCAGGCAGCUAGCUCUGACCACGUCCACUCAAAGGAGAUCCAACAAGCCGUCCGAAAAUGGUUGGGAAGGCUUUGGAAACAUUUCCAUCAUAAGUCCGGUGCAGCAGACGUCGCACGAUAAGAAAUAGAUGAUAGUGAAGACCUGGAGACCCCGAAUAAGGCACUGCAGUCGACUUUGACGCCGGGAACCACUAAACGCCAAAACCGCGGAGUUGGCUUCAGAACCAAGAGCAAUAUUCGUUGUUUCAAAUUCGCAUACGAAGAAGGUUAUAUAAGUGAUGAUGAGGAUGAUGAGGAUGAUGAUUGAGGUUUGCAAAGUGAUUUGAUUCCCAAUAUAUAAUUAUAGUUAAUGUAAUGUAAUGAAAUAUUUAAACAAUGUCAAACCAAAUCUUGAGAUAAUUUUACAGUUGCAAAGAGUAAACAUUAGUAUUGCAGUA